GGCACUGGGCGGCUUAGACGAGCCGAGCUCCGCCCACACGGCUGGCUGGCUCGCCUGGAGUUUGGCACAUUUCAUCUUAACCCGAGUUGCUCUGGCGGGGAGAGAGAGAGAGAGAGAGAGAGAGAGAGAGAAGCAGCUGAUGGUGGGAAAGUGUCCAAGUUGUGGAGGCGUCCUCUGCACUGAAGCUCCCGCUGACUGCACUCUGUGUGCGGCGGGAGGCUUCGGUUCACCCCCUCUCAUUCUCCCAACCUCUCGGACAUGCAGGAGCAAGCAGUCUCGCAAUGAAGGGGCAGAUGUGGUUCGGGACACGUCUCCGACAGCAAUGGUUUAAUCAGAGGGCUGGUGAAGUUUAAUUUUCCUUUGACAGCGAUACCAUUAGCUGCAGCGGAAUCUUGCAGGGGAAGCAGCCCAGGAGACCCGAUUGAACAUGAAUUCUGUGUCCACAAGCAAGGAGCGAGCUGCCUUUGCAAGGAAUCGGAAGCAUGCGGCGACGGCGGAGAGUUAUUCGCCCACAAAAUUGGCAAGUUUCGCCCCAGAAGUCUGGUCCAGGAAAGGGUUUCAGAUGUACGAGGAUUCCCGUGUUGCAAACAGACCUGCACCGGAGGGAGCCGGCUCGGUGCCGGGCUCGGGCACCGCUUCGCCCGCUUCCAGCACUGGUUCCCCCGGCUCGUCCAGCGGAUCGCCGGGAUCAUUGGCCGCCUCGUCGCCGGGUUCCCCGAGCACCGGCUCCCCGGGUUCGGCCACCGGCUCGCUGGGCUCCGCGGGCUCGGACGAUAAAAGGAUUUGGUGCGAGAAUUGCAACACCAGGCUGGUGGAACUGAAAAGGCAGGCGUUGAAGAUGAUGGUCCCCGGUGCCUUCCCCAGCAAGGACCCGGCACUCUCAGCACUGAUCCACGACAAGCUGCAGGUGCCCAACACCAUCCGCAAGGCCUGGAACGAGCGGGACAACAGGUGCGACAUCUGUGCCACCCACCUGAACCAGCUGAAGCAGGAGGCCCUUCAGAUGGUGCAGACGCUGGAGCAGGCGGCCUCCCUGGAGUCGUUCGACCCAUCGCCCGGCUCCCCCCCACCGCCGCUCUCUAACAUCCCCUCGCUGGUGGGCUCGCGCAACGUCGGCACGCUGCCGCCCCUCCGCGACUGGGCCUUCGUCCCCGCCACCUAUGCCUCCACCACCACCUACGCCGGCUUCCUUAGCAACAAGCACCCGGGCAAGCCCAACUCACUGGGUGUCGGCGGAGAGGCGGAGAGGAAGGGCGUCAUGUCCGCUCACCCCGGCACCAAGGUGGGGCUACACAUGCCCACCAGCCCCAGCAACGGCAACAUCCUCAGCACUGUCGCCAUCCAGGCUCACCAGUACCUGGAGGGAACCUGGUCCGUGUCCAGGUCAAACGGCGUGACCCUCUACCCCUACCCGAUAUCCCAGCUGAUGUCCGAGAACUGCCGGGAGGGAUUGACUGAGGCUGUCCUGAACCGCUACAACUCAGACAAGCCAUCGGUGUACAGCUUCCCAAGCUCCCAGAGCACCUAUGUGACCAGCGUGGCUUCAAGUGGGACCUCAGCAGCCGCCUCGUUCUUUGUCAGGGCUGCCCAGAAGCUGAAUCUGUCUUCCAAGAAGAAGAAGCACCACCGGCCUCCUGCCCUGAACGUGUGCGAGCCCCCACCAUUCCCGACCAACUUCAGUGGGAUCCUGCAGAUGUCCUCGCCCCCGGGACCACCGUGCCUACUGCGGGCCAUCGGCAAGUUGAAGGACAAUCCCGGGAUGGGCAAGGUAAAGGUCAUGCUGCGCAUCUGUCCAGCCUCGGUGGGGGACUUGUCCGAAUCGAGCUGCUUCUUUAAAGUGGACCCUCGUAAGAAGCAGAUCACUCUGUACGACCCUCCGGUUAACGGGCUGCAGAACUCCUCCCAGAAGAGGGGCUGCCUGGUGCCGCCAAAGAUGUUCGCCUUCGAUGCCGUAUUCCCACAGGACUCUUCACAGGCUGAGGUUUGCGCAGGGACUGUAGCGGAGGUCAUCCAGUCCGUGGUGAACGGGGCAGACGGCUGCGUGUUCUGCUUUGGCCACACCAAACUAGGGAAGUCCUACACCAUGAUUGGGAGAGAUGACUCCAUGCAGAACCUGGGCAUCAUCCCCUGCGCCAUCUCCUGGCUUUUCAAACUGAUUAAUGAGAGGAAGGAGAAGACAGGAGCUCGAUUCUCUGUCCGGGUCUCGGCAGUCGAAGUCUGGGGGAAGGAAGAAAACCUGAAGGACCUGCUGUCUGAGGUGGCUACAGGCAGUCUGCAGGACGGCCAGUCUCCAGGAGUCUACCUUUGUGAGGAUCCGAUCUGUGGAAUGCAGCUCCAGAAUCAGAGCGAGCUCCGCGCACCCACGGCAGAAAAGGCAGCCUUCUUCCUGGACGCCGCCAUCGCUUCCCGCCGGAGCAGCCGGUCCGAGUGCGACGAGGAGGAGCUGCGCAACUCCCACAUGCUCUUCACCCUGCACAUCUACCAGUACCGCAUGGAGAAGAGCGGCAAGGCCGGAAUGUCAGGAGGUCGGAGCCGCUUACACCUCAUUGACCUGGGAAGCUGCGUCAAAGUGCUGAGCAAAAGUCGGGAGGGAGGUUCCGGGCUCUGCCUCUCCCUGUCUGCACUGGGAAAUGUCAUCCUGGCUCUGGUCAACGGCACCAAGCACAUCCCCUACAAGGAGAGCAAACUGACCAUGCUGCUGCGGGAGUCGCUGGGCAACCUGAACUGCCGGACCACCAUGAUUGCCCACAUCUCGUCCUCCUCCAGCCACUAUUCCGAAACCCUGUCCACCAUCCAGAUCGCCUCCAGAGUGCUCCGAAUGAAGAAGAAGAAAACAAAGUACACCUCCAGUUCAUCCGGGGGUGAGAGCUCGUGCGAGGAAGGGAGGAUGCGGCGCCCCACCCAGCUGCGGCCCUUCCACCCGCGGCCUGGUGCUGACCCCGAGCUGCCCCUCUUGCACCUGGUGGGUGAGGCUGACUACUCGUCCAGCAGCGAGCAGUCGUGCGACACGGUGAUCUACGUGGGUCCCAACGGCACCGCCCUGUCGGACAAGGAGCUGACCGACAACGAGGGCCCGCCGGACUUCGUCCCCAUCAUCCCCUCGCUGCAGAAGAGCAAGAAGGAGGCAGGGCCAGAGGCCGGGACUGAGGGGGACUGCCUGAAGUGCAACACCUUCGCUGAGCUGCAGGAAAGGCUGGGGUGCAUCGAUGGCAGCGAAGAGCCCACCAAGUUCCCCCUUGAGGAGACCCCCACCGUGCCCAGCACCGAGACCCCCGCCCGGCACGAGGAGGCGAUUGAGCCCACACACCCUCAGCACGGCAAUGAGUGCGCCGAGGAGCCUGCGUGGACCGGGCCCCAGGCCUCACCGACCCCCACCACGUCCGGCCCUUCCCCAUCCCCUUCCCCUGCCACUGGUGCCCCCCAGCCAGGCCUGGCGAGAGGGCAGAACGCCAAGGAGGCCUGGCACGUGGGCGGAGCCCCAGAGCCGAAACCGAGGCCCAUGGGUUCGCCACGGCUGGGCGUGGCCAGCCUGUCGAAGACGGCGGAGUACAGGCCCCAACACUCCCCCUCCCAGCGCUGCAAGGUAUAUACUCAGAAGGGUUCUCUGCCCAGCCCCGCCCCGCCUCCCCCACAGCCUGAGAUCCGGGCUGCACCGGUGGGAAUGAGCCCUCAGGCGGCCAAGAAGGCCGGGGAGCGUCCAGCACGGGAUGAGCCGGAGCGGAGCAGCGAGGAUGAGCUGGUCUUCGCCCUGGUGGAGGAGCUGAGCAUCAGCGGGGUCCUGGGCGAGGGCAGGCCCACCAGCAUCAUCAGCUUCGACAGCGACUGCUCCCUGCUGGCGCUGGCCUCGGGCUCCCGGCCCGCCAGCACCAUCAGCAGCAUGAGCGAGGGCCCAGAGGGUGAGGCGGGCCCUGCCACCCUCUCCGAGGUCAGCCUGGCCCGGUUCCUGCCCUUCCCCAAGCCGGGCCUGGACCAGAGGCUGCUGGUGUCCGCCAGCCGACGCUCCUCCAUCAGCUCGUGGCUGAGUGAGGUGAGCGACGGCGAGCAGUCGUCCCACAGCUUUGUGGCGCAGAACAGCCGCGGCUUCGGCGAGGCUCUGGCCGAUCCCUCGGCGGUGGGGGAGCUGCCCGACGAGUGCCUGGCCUACCUGCGGGCCGGCAAGUACUCCAUCCUCGACAAGUUCCUGGGCCUGCAGGACGAGGACUCCGAGACCAGGAGCCUUUACCAGGUGGCCGCCAAUCACAACAAUAGCAUGUCCACCCUGGGGAAGGCCACUCUGCCCAUCACCAAAUCCCCUAGCCUCCCCAUCCAGGCCGAAGAACUGGCCCAGCCCUGCACCCAACCGAAGCCAGUCGAGCAGGCCCACGAAGGCGAAAGGCCCCAGGAUUUUGCCCCCGCACCCCCCUCCACCCAGCACCAUGAGGCUGAGACAGCGGGCAACCAGGCCUCGAGCGGGAUGAAGUUUGAGGAUCCAUGGCUGAAGCGUGAAGUGGAGGAGGAAGAAGAUGAGAGAGAGGCCGGUCAAGAUAGGAGCCAUGGGGCGGAGGGCCUGACACAGAACCGGAAUAAGGCCUGGGGCCGGGCGGAGAGUGGGGAGUCCAGAGAGUGUCCCGGCAGGCCGGAUCACCUCGGGCGCGUGGCAGACGGCUGUGAGACCAGCCUCGACUCCCCCUCCAGUCAGGCCCCCACUUUGCCCUGUCGCCAUGACGACCCCGAGGCCCCAAGGGCACCCUGCCCGGGCACGGAGACCACGGCCGCACCCUCGCAGGCCUCGGCCCCUUGCAGUCCCAGAACCACCCUGGAUUCCCCGAAGCACGGGGCGUUGCCCAGGCCCAAGGGCAUGCCCCCCCUGCCACCCGUCCGCAAGUCCAGCCUGGACCAGAAGAACAGAGCCAGCCCGCAGCACGUGCCUUCCAGCCCGGCCGGGCCUGGGCAGGCCAGCACCCCGGACGAGUGGAGCCCCCAGGGCAAGGCCAAGGCCCUCGGCACAGACAUUGGCAGCAAGUGGAGCAGCGGGAAGCUUGAGCUGGCUGGCUCCCGGGGCAACUCCCUGAACAGGAGGUAUGCCGGGCAGUACCACUGCCUGUCCCUGGAGAGGGUGGGGAGCCUGACAUCCGUGGGGUCGAAGGUCAGCACCGGAAGAGACAGCACCAUGCCGCGGGCCGGCCGCAGCCUGAACCGGGCCGGCCCCUCCUUGCCCACGCACUCGGGCCCCGCCCCGGCCUCCUCCCCCAAGCCCAGCCCCUCCAAGAUGUCCGCCGUGGGCAAGCUGCUGCUGGCCGGCCCUAAGUCCCGGAGCCUGUCUGCCUCCAGCACCAAGACGCUGAGCUUCUCCACCAAGUCACUGCCGCAGUCGGUGGGCCGCAGCUGCAGCAUGCCCUCCGACUCUAAGAACAUGUCGUGGUCUACGCAGUCCCUGAGCAGCAAGCAGGGCCGGACCUCCAGUAUAGUGGCAAAAUUGCCCCUCCGGGCUGUCAACGGCCGCAUCUCCGAGCUGCUGCAGGGCAGCUCCGGCCCGCGGGCCCACCGCCCGCCACCGGGGGGCGGCACAGAGGGGCAGGGGCCGGACAAGGCAACCCCCACCCCGCAGGCCCUGCCCUCGCCCUACAGCAAGAUCACACCGCCCCGCAAGCCCCACCGCUGCAGCAGCGGGCACGCCAGCGACAAUAGCAGCGUGCUGAGCGGGGAGCUGCCCCCUGCCAUGGGAAAGACCGCACUCUUCUACCACAGCGGUGGCUCCAGUGGCUAUGAGAGCAUGAUGAGGGACAGCGAGGCCACCGGCAGCGCCUCCUCUGCUCAGGACUCCACCAGCGAGAACGGCAACUCCGUGUCCGGCCGCUGCAGGAGCCUGAAGUCGCCCAAGAAAAGGACCAAUGCAGGAUCACAGAGGCGACGCCUCCUCCCUGGCCUGUCGCCCGAGGUUGCACCUCCAGCCAGAAAACCAGUCACCAGCUCCAGCCUCCGCUGGGUGGAUCUCCGGCCUGUGCAGAGGGGGAUGGCAGAACCGUUUGAGAUCAAGGUCUACGAGAUUGACGACGUGGAGCGAUUGCAAAGGAGGAGGGCAGCAGACAGCAAGCUGCGAGGAUUUAUCUGUUUCAACGCAAAGCUGAAAAUAUUGGAGAAUCGGCAGCAAAGGAUUUCAGAGGUCAAAACCAAAUACAAUGUGUUGAUGCAGGAGCUGGAGGCAACCAAACAGCGGUUGAUGUUGGAGCCCAGUAAAUGGGUCAGUGAAUUUGACCUGGACCAGGGUUUUGAGGUCGAUUCCUUGGAAUACCUGGAGGCCCUGGAGUGUGUCACCGAGCGACUGGAACACCGGGUCAACUUCUGCAAAGCUCACCUCAUGAUGAUCACCUGUUUUGACAUCGCCUGCGGGAGGCGUUAACGGGCUGGGGGGGGGGAAGGGGUUGUGAACAGCGAGCGAGUAUAAGGAAGAAAACAAAACACCCAAAGAUAGCAGGAAGACGACAAACGGAAGCGCAAGGUGUGAAGCAUGUACGUGAAGAGUUUUAUCUUUUUCCCCAAAACGGAAUGUAAAAAAGAGAGAAGGAAAAGCAGAGAUGAAUAUGGGAGUAUGAGAAUGUCUUUUCUUUCGACAGAUUGAUAGAGCACUUUCAGGAAUUUUGGUGAUGUAUAUAUGAAUGGCUUGCUCCAGUUCCCUUUUCUUCACAGCGUGGGUAUGGGCUGGGUGUGGGUGUGGAAUGAAGGGCUGUUUCUGAGAAACUCGGAACCAUAUACAGAAGGACUACAAGUGCCUUGUAAACUUUAUUAUAUUAUCCAAAA